CCUUAACCCACCCGCAACAAUACCAUGGCACCUACAUAUACACGUGAACGCAGGAAAGGUCGCUGCUUCCUCCAGUUUAAGAGAAAGUUAAAGAAAACUUGGUCAGAAACUCCUUUUUAUUUUCAGCGUCAUUAUUGCUACUAUCUUUACGACUGAAGUACAUAUUUACUGCAUGCAUGAUGCCCUCUAAUUGCUUAGACAAGAGCAAGACCAUGGGCAGGUUGUUUGCCCGAGUAACAUUCGUCCCAUCUCUGAUAUUCAAUAUUUUUAUGGAGAGAGUGUCAUCACGCCGUUGGUUUGAUCGUAUUGAUAAUAGAGUGAUUCUGGGAGCUUUGCCAUUCAAAAGCAUGACAAAGCAGCUCGUGGAAACAGAGAGAGUCCGUGGAGUGAUAUCUAUGAAUGAAGAUUAUGAACUAAAAUGGCUCUCUAAUAUGAAAAGGGACUGGGAAAAUUCUGGGGUGAAGUUUCUUCAGCUCAGUACAGUAGAUAUAUUUGAAGCUCCUUGCCAAGAGAAACUUAAGAAAGGUGUUGAGUUCAUCCAAGAUUUUGAUAAAUCUGAUAGUGAUGGCCUUGUGUAUGUUCACUGCAAAGCUGGAAGGACCAGGAGUGCUACUCUUGUUGCCUGCUACUUAAUGGCUAAGUACAAGUUGACACCUGAGGCUGCUGUUUCUCACAUGCAAUCAGUGCGUUCCCACAUCUGGCUUGGUCCCAAACAAUAUGAAGCACUUCAUACAUACCACAAUAGAUUGGGAGAGAGAUAAUAUACUAUAUAUGAUUCUUAAUUCUGUAGAUCUUCUCUUUCUUAAUUCAUGUGUAAUAUGAAUAAAGUUCUUAUCUUCUA